AUGUGUGCAAAAGCCUUUGCUCAAAGAAAACUUAUUGAACAGAAACGCAAUGAACGAUUGCCAUUAUUGUCAUUCAAGACACCAUCCACACUUGGUACCAAUUCAGAAAUUGGAAGAGUUGAUGAAGAACUCGCAACCAAGGACAAAGAAAUUGAAGCUUUGAAGAAGAAGCUUGCUGAAGAAAUUGCAAAGAGAGAAGCCGCUGAAAAGGCACUCGCUGAGAUGAAAAUCAAGAACGUCGAUUUGGAAGCUUUGGUCCAGAAGCUCAAAGACGAAAUUGAAAAACUUAAAGAAGACAUUGAGUCAAAGAAGAUAGCACUUGAUGAGGCUGAUAUGAAGUCACGAGAAGACCAAGAACAAUUUGAAGAACUCCAAUGUGAUAUUAAGAGAGGAAAGGAAGACUUGAGCAAAAGAAGCUUGAAGCCGAAGAAGACAAUUCAAAGGAUCUCGAGACACAAUUGCACGAAAAGGAAGACGACAUUGCUGAUUUGGAGUGUCAAGAAUUUGCAAAACACCAUUGCUGAUGUCAACGCACAGAAAGAAGACUCCGGAGCUGUUUUGAAUGAUACUAAAGACGAUCUUGCCAAUACUAAAAAUGAUUUGAAAAAGACUCAAUUGGCUCUUGACAAUACUGAGAAGAAACUUGACCAACAAGUUGCUCAGAACAAGAAGGUCUCAGACGAGAGAGAUGGAUAUAACCAACAGUUACAAGCUGCGAAGACCAAGACUGCUGCUUUGACUUCAGCCAAGAAUGCAAGUGAUAAGAAGAUUUCAACAUUGAACUCAGAGAAAGACGAAUUAGAAGAUAAAAACAGAAAACUUGAUUCUUCUAAUAAAGAUGCUCAGAGAAAACUUGCUGAGUUGACAAAGAGAAUUGAAGACGGACUGAAUGACUCUGACAUGUUGAAAGCACAGAAGGCCAACUACAAAGCUCAAAUUCAAGCGUUGAAAGAUGAUAUGGAAAAGACUGAAAAUAACUUGGCUGGUGCUAAAUCGAAUAUGAACCAAAAAGACGUUGAAAUUAAUAAUUUGAACGAACAACUUGCUGAAGAACAAAAGGAAAAAGAAGAACUUGAAGCAAAGAAGAAGAAAGCAGAAAACGAUUUGACCGAUUUAGAAGACGCUCAGUCCAACUUGCAAAGCGACAAAGACUGA